CAGAAGUCUGGGGUACCACACUGCGCAAAUUCAAGUCGGAACAAAAGCGCCAUGCCACCGACGCGCUUGUUGGCUCACUGGACACACUUUCAGAUACUAUCGCAUGGAUAUACAUCAUAAGCGUUCGAUCAACAUCUUUGACACUGCAUACUGCUGCUUUACCGCUACUCGAAUUGUUAUUGGAGAAUGCCCUCGUUGCAGACGAUUUCGAGCCCAUUUACAAGCUCGUGCGACGGGUGUUGACCGCAACGAUGCAUUAUUGCUCCGUCGAGUCUUUUCAACCCAUCACGAACAUCUUUGUCUCGCGCAUACACGCCCUCGCGGAGCCAUUUGACGAAAAGCGAACACAGAGGUUGCUUCGCAUAUCAUUGGUGAUAUUCGCGUUUCGCAAGCCUACAGCCGAUCAACUUGCAUCUGUGCUCUCCAAGCUGUCUUCAUUCCCGCUUACCUUAUCUUUGAAAAGAGAUGUUGCUGCCAUGAUCGUAGCAUGUUUGAAAGGCGGAGAGCUUGCACUCUGGGUACGAGGUCGCUCCGCUCUGGAGCAUAUCUGGAAGGAUGUAGAGGCCGGUUACUGGGUAGCAGAGGCACUCUCGGCUCUUGACCAGUCUAAGGGUGCGAAUUGGAGAUCGUUCAUCCUACCACAGGUCCAAAAGGUUACUGUUGCGCACAUCGCCUCACAUUCAGCCGCUACCUUGAGACUCUUGCGCAUGCUGGUAGAGAGUAAGCGAAUAGUGCUCGAAGAUGCGACUUGGAAGAAAGCGAUCCAGAAAUCUUGCGCGAAAUUGCUGGACGAAUGGAAGCUCAACGAUAAAUCCUCUAUUCAGCUUCACCACAUUCUCGCCCUCGUCCCACAGCUGCCAUCUCUUGCACCCUCCAUCGCAUCCAUUGUCGACAACAUUGUUUCUUUGGAUGUGAAUCCAAUUCAAAACUAUAUGGAAACGGCUGCCAACGCCUCGUGGUUCUUUGGAUCCUGCCUGCUCGUCUUGGGCGAGAUGGACGAGUUACCCCCUGAUUCCAAGGUCGACGUAUGGCUACAGCAUGCAUUGACACACUAUAGCUGGAGCUCGCCGGUACUUGAAGGAGUAGCCAGCUUAGCAAAGCACGCUGCAAACCCAAUCAAUUUUGUGGAUGCCUUCGAAAUGCUCAAAGCUUCUGUCAUGUCUCACGUUGGGGCGUUGCGAUACAAUGCCCUGCGCAUUCUUGCUUCUGACCUUGUUGUGCGAGACUCGUCGCAAGACCUUGCAGUGACCGCAUGUCUUCAAGCCGAAGAGGUUGAAAUCUCUGCAACACGGGCCCCUGAACGAGUACUGAAGACGGGGAAAGUGGGCAAUGCAGCCCCGGUCGGACAGUCUGCCGGCGCCGCAGAACUUUGCAUCCGUUGGCUCGUUGGUCAGUUCAAGGUCAACCUCAUGCCAGUGUGGAAAGCGACUUCGCAGGCCUUGAUCGAUGUAGCGAAUCGGUCGAGCGAAGAGUUAUGGGAUAUCAUGGGGCCAGAGAUCCUGGCGAUCUUUGCAGGGGCUCUGCUCCAGGAUCGUCCCACAUGGAUUGUAGAGGACGAGGACGAUCGGGAAGUGCAAGAAGAAGAGAAGACGUGGCGCAAUCCUGGGCUACAAGAAACUCUAGAGGCGAUGAAAGGCGCAAUUCAAGAGGACGAAAGAAUCGACGUGGAGAACUACGAGAAGCAACUUCUCAAGACCCUCGAAGGAUGCUCAUCGCUUGCGGAACGACAUAACCGCGAACUCAUCCCACUGUUCCUUUCGUUCGUCUCUCCAAGUGGCGCCAAGAAAGCAUCAGGACACAAUCUCGCAUCAUGGUUAUCUCUUCUAUCCAAGUUCAACAAUCUGGGGGCGGUCGUCUCAGCGGACGAACUUCGCGCGACAUACUAUCCGGGCCUGCUCGAGGAUAGUCAAUGGAAGAAACACCUUACUGGACUUGAUCUGGGAUCGACAGUGCAGCCGUCUGAAAGAGAAGAAUUUGUCGAAUUUCUGAUUCGACUGUUCUACGGAAUGAUGCGUGAACGACGAGGACGGAACAAGUUGCAGGAACGACGGACAGCUCUCAUCAAUUCCUUGCGACAAUGUCACGACUCGGAGCUCGGGACGCUUGUCCAUCUUAUGCUGGAGCCAUUUGAAAUGGCAGAUUCCAUGGCUAUUGAUGGAGGGUUGCAAGUUCGACCCCUCCCAGCUUCGAUGACUAGCAAGCAGCAAGUUGGGUUCCUAGUUCUGCUCGCAGAGGUUGAUCGAAUCCUCGGCGUCAAGCUUACUGCGUACAUCUCGGGUCUUCUCCACGCAGUCACGAUGAUUGUUGCAAACGCACAAAAACCAGGACGAAAAGACGGAGACAAUGAGGACGAGAAUAUACUAGAAGAUGUUCCUGGACAACUUCCUCUCAAGGUCGCUCGAAAUCUUCGACAACUGGGGAUCAAGCGCUUCACAGAUCCAUUCCGCCUUCCUAUCGAAUACGACUUUCGCCCGUUCCUACCGACUGCCUUUUCCGCGUUUAUUUCCUGCCGUCUACCGGCUUUCGAACAAGAGAACUCUCAAUCACCCUCCUCGCUCAUGGAACUGUUCCAUGUGUGGAGCACUCACCCGUCAUAUGCUGCAUUUUUAGCGGACUACGACUCACGAGUCUUGCCCAAGAUCUAUGGCUGCCUCAUCACGCCAAAUGUCAAGCCAGUGGUCAUCAUGCGUGUAUUUGAUAUUGCCGAGAACAUCUUCGCACAUGCCACCACCAAGAGCAGCUUAUCGUGGAAGCCCUUGUGCAGCCGCAUACAUCCAUCCUCAUCGACAACCUCACCGUCAUGCGAUACAGAGUGCAAAGACGGGUGCGGUCACAUCCAACGUCUCGCAUGGCAAAUAUCUGUUCUGCGCAUGAUCUCCGAUCAUGUCAACGAGAGUGCAAAGGUGGACCUAUUGCAAGUGGUCGCACGGCUUGUAUUAUUGCUACCUAUGGAGAACAGAGACGACCACUUUGACCACCGCCACGUUCAGCAUGUCUCGCAGCUUUUGCAAACCCUACGAGGUCGAGCUGCCUUCAAUGAGGCCAUCACCACUCUCGGCCACAUCUCUCGACAGCUCAUUUGGAGUCGCUAUUACAGUCUAGUUCAGCGAUACUUGAAGGCGGUGAAGGACAAGAAGUUGCCCGAAAAAGCUGCGAUUCGUACCGUCGUCAUUAUCCUGGACAGCUUUCACUUCAGAAUGGAGGAGGAUGUCCCUGAGCCUGUUCAAGAGGAGGAAGAUGGCGACGAGGAAGGGGCUGAAGAAAUCGUGCAGUCGGUCCCAGAAACAAAGAUUGCUGAUGCCGUCAACGGACGUCUUCUCUGCCUUGCUCAGCUUUGCUGGAGAAAGAGAGGAAACGGAAGAUACUCUUCGCUUGCCUAUGGCCGUUGGGGUAGUCAAGGUCGCACUGCACCUCCCGCCGAGAAACAACGUGCACAGAUCACCCGGCUGAUCACCAUUGUCAGUCAAGCCUUACGCAGCAAGUCGAGCGAGACAAGAGACACAGCAAGAGAGGUCCUCUGCAAGGUUCUAGUCUCUACAGGCCCCUCUUAUCUCCCCGUUAUUAUCAAGGAGUUGCGUGUGGCUCUGACUCGAGGACCGCAGUUGCAUAUUCUUGCGGUGACAUGUCAUUCGCUUAUCCACCAUAUCACCUCCGAUGCUGGAUUAGCCAACACCGAUGGAAUCUUGGACGAAGUUGCGGCUAGCGUCGCGGAAGUGUCGGCGGAGGUCAUCUUUGGGCAAUCAGGGAAGGACACGCAAGGGGAGGAUUUCAAGACAAAGAUUCGGGAAGUUCGUAGUGCGUCGUCCAAAGGGCUUGAUGCAAUGACGAUUCUCGCCCGCUUCGUGUCUCCUUCUGUUGUUAGCCAACGUCUGCUACCGCUGAAGUCGAUCAUGUACGAGACACAGGCUGCCAAGGUGAUGCAGCUUGUCGACGAGACUCUAAAACGUCUCUCGAGUGGACUAAACAGCAAUCCCUCCCUGGACCCAAACGCACUACUCUCCCUCUGUCAUACGUUGAUCAGCCAAAACGCCAAAUUCCUCCAGGAGAAACCAGAGCUGAAUCGCAAAGGGAAGAAAAACGAUUACGUCGUGCAGACAAAACGAGACCUACCUCAGGCCACGAAGCACUACGCACACAACUCGUAUCGAUUCACCGUGCUUGGACUAGAUCUGUUGACGGUCGCAUUUCGUCGCAACAGGUUCGACUUUCAUGAUGAAGGCAUCAUUUCUCGCCUGGAACCACUUGUCAGUUUGAUCGGGAAUACGCUCUAUUCCUCGGCAACAGCAGUGGUAAUCAAUGGCUUGAAAGCGAUCUCAUCCAUUGUUAAGGCACCUCUGAAGUCUGUACCGAAGUCACUGCUUGUUAUCACCCGACAGCAGGUCAACAUUAUACGACAAUCUGGUAGCGCAGAAUCAGAGGUGGCGCAGGCCGCGCUCAAAUCUCUGGCCACUACCCUUCGAGUGUCCGACCUUCAGUUCCUCCUCGAGUUUAUGGUACCAGACCUUGAAGAGCCUGAGAGACAAGCUUCUGUGUUUGCACUCUUGCGCGCUAUCAUCCAACGCAAGUUGGUCGUCCCAGAAAUCUACGACAUGAUGGACAAGAUUGCGAACAUCAUGGUGACCAGUCAGUCGACACAAGUGCAGGAAGUGUGUCGCGGGAUCAUGCUCCAGUUUCUCGAUUACCCGCAAGGCAAGGGACGGCUUCGAAAGCAGAUGACCUUCCUGGCGAGUAACCUCAGCUACGUGUAUGAGCCAGGAAGGAUCUCUGUCAUGAUCCUGCUCGAUGCAGUCCUCCUCAAAUUCGAUUCUUCUCUCCUCUCUGAAUUCAUUGAUCUCUUCCUUGCGGCCCUGGUCAUGGUCUUGGCAAACGACGAGUCGACCGUGUGCAAGGAAAAGGCGUCAGGACUCGUCAAGAAGCUCUACACCGUUAUGAGCAACGAAGAAAGGCAGAAGACGCUCGAACGAGUCCAUGCUUGGGCUAGUCAGACCACUCAAGCAUCGCUCACCGGCGUCGCUUUCCAGGUUUACGGGCUUGUCGCCCAAGUCGCGAUCGAUAACGUCGCCCAAUACUUCGGCACUAUUGUUGAGGAUAUCAACCAUGCCAUUGAGACUGCUCUGGAGCGAUAUGAGUCGCUCGUGACGCAGGAUACGGAUGCAAUGGAUGUCGACUUGGAUUGGCAAGUCCCAUAUCAGGCGCUUGGGUUGCUCUCCAAGCUCUCCAAGGCGUUCAUCGACAACGAGAGCCAAAGGGCUCUACAAACGGAGAUCGCUUGGGAGACGAUAGUCGACUUGAUGCUCUUCCCUCAUGCUUGGGUCAGAGCAGCCGCAUCCCGCCUGCUCGGGUCCUUCUACGCGUGGAAAAUAUCUUUUGGCCACCAAUCCGACUCGCAUCCAGCCUCACGCGCUGGCAUGAUCACCGUGGCCACCAAUUCCUCGAUUCAAUUGCGGAGCGAGCAUCUCGAUCAACCUUUCGCUCUUCAGAUCGUCAAAAACCUCGUCUUUCUAGGAAAGACAUUCUAUGGCACUCUAGAUGCGACUCAAAAUGCAGAAGAUGAUUCUGAGGACGAGAGUGAAGAUGAUGAAGGAGGCGAGAACGAAAGGGGAGAGCUGUCAAAGUUGGAGCGUAUCAAGCGAGCACCCUUACCUUGGCUCUUCUCCAAACUCUCCUAUCAAGUCCGAACCGCUCACCUCAAGCGUCGGAACACGUUUGCUGCUUCUAAGAAGUGGCAUCUGGAACCCCUCUCAGUCUUGCAAUGGUUCGCGGCCAUGGUCGCGCAUAUGGAAGCGGAGGAUUUGGAGCGUUUCUUGAAUCACGUGUUGACUCCGGUGUAUCGCUUGUUGGAAGACGAUACGAUACGUGACGCUGGCAUGGGUAAACGACUCGUCCUCGAAAAGUUGCUUUGGAUUGACAUUCUAGCAGAUGAAGUGAAACUGGUGGCACAAGAGCUGCAAGAUCUUGUCCAGAGCAAGGUCGGCAUCACCAAGUUUACGGCCGCGUACGGGCAAAUCCGACAAGGUGCUCUGAACGUCCGACGGGAGCGCAAAGUCGCCCGCGCGAUGCAGGUCGCGUCUGAUCCUCAAGCAGCGGCAAAGAGACAGCUACAGCGGAAUAUGGCGAAGAAGGAAAGCCGCAAACGCAAGUCGCAGGCAUUCAGAGAGCACAAGGUCUCUAACUAUCCUUCCAAAAAACGACGCGUGGAAUAG